UCUCGAGGGUUUAUGAUUCUCCGAAUUUUCUCAAAUUAGGGUUUCAUACAUCUCAAUUUCUAGGGUUUCAUUAGCUUCAAAAUCACGCAACAAUGGCUGCCGCUGAUAGCAAUCGACAAUCAGGCACCGUCAAGUGGUUCAACGACACCAAAGGCUUCGGUUUCAUCACUCCCGAAGACGGCGGUGAAGAUCUGUUCGUGCACCAGUCGUCGAUCAGAACCGACGGUUUCCGGAGCUUAGGCGACGGCGAGACGGUGGAGUUCGUGGUGGAGACCGGAUCUGAUGGACGGACCAAGGCUGCUGAUGUCACUGGCCCUGGUGAAGCGCCAGUUCAGGGGAGUACACGUGGCGGUGGCGGAGGCGGUGGAGAUCGGUACGGUGGAGGCGGUGGAGAUCGUUACGGAGGAGGCGGUGGAGAUCGUUACGGUGGAGGCGGUGGAGAUCGUUACGGAGGAGGCGGUGGAGAUCGGUACGGAGGAGGCGGAGGCGGUUACGGUGGACGUGGAGGACGUGGCGGUUAUGGAGGCGGAGGCGGUGGAAAUGGAUGUUUUAAGUGUGGUGAGUCUGGACAUAUGGCUAGGGAUUGUAGUCAGGGCGGUGGAGGUGGAGGUGGUUACGGAGGUGGUGGUGGUGGUUACGGCGGAGGACGUGGUGGAGGUGGUGGUGGUGGUUAUGGCGGAGGACGUGGUGGAGGUGGUGGUGGCGGUUGUUACAACUGUGGAGAAGAUGGCCAUUUUGCUCGUGAGUGUCCAACUGGUGGUGGCCGUUGAUCGGAGAUAUGGUUACUGUUAGUUUUUUUUGUUUGAAGAAUCAAUGGUUGAUCCAUUUUGCUAAUGGUAUUGAUCUGUUUUAGAUGUUUUUAAUUUUGGGAUUUUGGUGUUUUAUGUUGAUGAAUGUGGUUGAUGAAUUUGGGGUUUUGUUGAUGGUACUGGUUGUAUCUUGGUUUAACCUUUAAAUUGAAAUCAAAUGGUUCGUAUGCUCUUUUGUAUA